AUGUUGACUUCCCCAUCACAGAUGUUGGUCUCCAAGGGCAGGUGGAGCGGGAGCCGGUCCUGUAGGCGGUGGGUGGCAGCCGCUGGUGUCGUCCUCGGGGGGACGGUACUCGUCCUCCACCCUCAAGAGAGCUCCCUGGUGAAGGAGCAGACGUUGCCUGAACGAGUUUACUUCCAAACUCAUCAGUUGCCUGUAAACAGCGACGAUGCCGUACGACAACUUACCAACAAGACUUUCGCUGGUUUGGAACAGGACGACCCAGCGUUGGUGUCGUACGUCCGCCAGCUCAUCAUUCCCCCCUCAACAAAAGCCUACAAUCUCACCAACCCAACAAAAGUACAUUUCUCCCAGUACGACCAGAGCGCUUUUGCUGAAGAAAAUUUUCUUAAUGGAAUGGGCGGAGGGUUCUUCCUGGAGAUGGGAGCCCUGGACGGGGAAGACCAUAGCAACACUCUGUAUUUCGAGAAGUACCGCGGCUGGUCGGGCCUGCUGAUCGAGCCGGACCCCAAACUUUUCCAGAGGCUCUCCGACCUUAACAGGAAGGCUUACUCCAUCAACGCGGCAGUCUCUCUCUCCAAGGUCUCUGCCCUCGCCACCUUCAGGUCUGCGGAGGGCGAGGGACGCAUCUGGGAGGGCGUCCAGAAGGGCGAGGAGGGCGCCAUCACCGUCCUCUGCUUCCCCCUCUACACCGUGCUCCUCGCCAUCAACCUCCCCACCAUAGACUUCUUCUCCCUCGACAUUGAAGGCCACGAGAUGAGGGUGAUGAAGGCCCUGCCCUGGGAGAAGGUGAAGGUGCGGGUGAUGUGUAUCGAGGUGAACCACGUCCCUGGAGGAGUGAAGGCCGUGAUAGAGUUCAUGGAGAGUCGCGGCUACACCUUCCUCGGCACCCGGAACAUCGACGCCUGGUUCGGUCUGAGGGAGCUCCUUCAGGAGACCAUGGACCUCGACAAGUACCUCCAGCAGCACAAGAUUGACACACUCAGGUUAAAGCUUCUCAGCUCCUGAGUGUGCGAGUGAGUGAGUGAGUGAGUGAGUGAGUGAGUGAGUGAGUGAGUGAGUGAGUGAG